CGUUCGUUUUGCGACUGACAAACGUUGAGAAAACCGUUUGGGAAUAGCGUCUUGACCAACACGCCAUGGACGGCAUUGGGACAACAUCCGUCUGGGGAUUCUCUCGAGCUGUUGAUUUUCAAGACUUGUAUACUGCGAAUGGGGAGCGGGAUGCUAAAGACGUCAAGUUGACUCCAUCAACCGAUCUACCCCCUCUCAAUGUCUUGAUCCUUGGCGCUAGUGAUGCUCGGCAUAUCAUAAAGACAAUGGCGAGAGCAUGGCGGUAUGGAAGACGGGAAAUACAUUUUUGGGUCGUUGAAGCUGAGAUCACGGCACUAGCGAGAUGUAUGUUAUUGUUGGAUGUGAUUUUUGGGGAAAAUGAGGCUGGAUUGCAAGAUCGGAUAGAUACCUUUCUUGAGCUCUACGGCAACAUUCUCCUUCGCGAUCAGACGUCGGCGCAGAUAACAGAAACUGCUACGCGAUACAUUCGUUUAAUCACAGACUCUGCAACCCCAAAGUUAACACCGCAUAUCCAGCUCGACCUCUCACUUCUUAAAUACCGAGAACGAGAUGAUUUGGAAUCGGUCUUUCAGUUCUGGCGGAACCACAAAGGGAAAUCGUUUGAGCUAGACAAAAUGUGGGACGCCAGGUUACGACGAUACUAUGGAGUACGAUUUGAUGCUCGAGAAGGAGUCAUCGACUGGGACUGGAACAUGAAGCUCAAAGAUCAUGCUCCCACCAUCUCAUCUCAUGAAUUUCUAUCUUUUCGCCUGCACGGCCUUUCCUUCCCAAUCCGCCAAUCCACUCCCACGCAUCCUAAUCGAACACUGGCAACCAUCUCCGCACUACCAGAUACACAGACGGGAACCAGCCUGCCAAAGUGGGGAUACUUUAGUGAUAUUGCAGUUGGACCUUUUCUUGGGUUUGGAUUAGAUGCAGAGGCCAAAAAGCUCCUGAAGACCGAAAACGGGCAACGGAAAUAUGAUGCAAGGGCAAUUGCGGAAUGGAAUCUGGGUGGAAUGAUUCAAGAAUGGAAGAAUGGGCGGUUAAGCGACGCAGAAGGAAAGAUUCAAGAAUUGCCGCCAGAUUCUGCAAAUGAGGCAUCAAAUUACGUAUCAACAGCAGCAACGGUGCAUUUGUUAACUGUAUCUGCACUAUCAAAGCUACAACGUAGACAAGGAUUUUUCAACCGCAUAUACGUCUCCUCCACCAUGGCUCACCGAAUAAAUGAAUUGGGUGAGCUCCUAACCACUGAAAGCGUGUCACAAGAAAAUGGAACACUGAUUGUGGAGACUGCAAAAUACAUCCUGGACCUCCGACCUGACCAAGCAAAGGAAUAUAACAACAGGGUUAUGAAAAUGGCAACUGAGGCAGGAUUGGCGUUGCAAAAGGCGGAAGCAACCAAGGGACAAUUGGACCAUUUAGUACUUACAAAGGAACGUAAAGUAGCCUAGUAUGAAACUGUAAAAUAUAAACAAAACGAAAAAAGCCA